AUGGCAGCCAAGACGAAGGCGCAAGGCAUCAUCAACGAGCACCCCGUCGCCGUCUUCUCCAAAUCCUGGUGCCCGUACUGCAAGGCGUCCAAGGCGCUGCUGUCCGAGCUGGGCGUCAAGCCGUACAUUAUCGAGCUGGAUCAAGUCGAGGACGGCGCGGCCAUCCAAGACGCCCUUGAGGAAAUCACGCACCAGCGCAGCGUGCCCAAUAUCUUCAUCGACCACAAGCAUAUUGGCGGCAACUCGGAGUUGCAGGCCAAGCGCUCGCAGCUGCCGCAGUUGUUGAAGGAUGCGCAUGCGAUCUAG